UUUUUUUUUUUUUUUUUUUUUUUUUUUUUUUUUUUGCUUGUUUUUAUUGUUUCAACAUGAAUGAGACUAAAUUAUCUAGGCAUAGAUUAGAUUAGUGUGUAUUCCAUUACCGUUCCAUGGUAAUUUCAAACUGGGAUUAUCAUGCAUUUCAUAUUCUGAUCACUGCUCAUUGCCGGGUGUUGGGGGAAAGCCAUCGGCACUUAAAGUUUGUUUUCCUUGAAGCAUUGAUCAGCUAUUUCCAUCAUGUUUGUAUGGGAUGGAAAGGAGUGAGGAGAGGAAGUGUGUUCUGUUAUGAGACAAUCAAAGAGUUGAAUAUUAAAACAAAGAAUUGGAAGGAGCUGCUAACAGAUGAACCAUUUACCAGAGAUGAUCUCAUAACGAUCCAGAAUCCUAAUGAACUUGAUACCAAAAAAGCUCUAGCUGAAUUUGACCAUGUCAAAAAAGGCUUGAAAAUUGAUGAUGAAGGUAUCAUUUUUGUGUAAAAAUUCUUUUGCAUUUGGCUUGUUUUUCCCAUACUUUCUAAUAUAUGGGAUUAUAUGUCAUGGAAAAGAAAUCUGGAAAUAUAUAUGCCAUGAAAAAAUUGAAGAAAUCCGAAAUGCUUAGUCGAGGACAGGUACUAUUUUACAUAUGUUGAUUUUGAUGCAAGUCCUUAAAGUUUAUCCUUGAAUUGGGAAUACAUGUUUCCUAAGAUGUAUAUUUGAGCUAAAUAGUUGGUUCGUGUUGUGUAUGUUGUACACUUGUACUACUUGAUCUCAUCAAAAGAUCGUCUAGAUAUGCAAAAAUUGUAAUAUUUUCCCCUAAUCUCCCUCAAGUGUUCUAUAUUCUUUAAUGGGAUGUUGAGGCUGUCUCCAUUUUUAUGAAUGGUGCUAAUGUCUGAAUCUCUUCAUUUGUUUUGCAUUUUUAAGAUUUAUAGGAUUGAUACUUUAUAUUUUUUAGUGGGGCUAUUGAAAAAAUUGAUAGUAUAAUGGCCGGCUCAUGGCUGCUGCUGGUUCCCUGCUGCUACUGGUUUUGGUUUCAGUGUUGAACUGGUAAUGGCUGAUCAGCUGCUUUUUGUUGCUGGUUCCCCUGUUUUGUUGUUGUUGUUUGGUGUUGGGUUGGCUGCUGCCUGUUUUUGGCUUCAGGGUGCUGCUGUGCUUGUGGCCUGUGUGGGGUUUAGUGCUGUUCUUCUUGGGCUUUUGAAGCUGCUGCUGCUGCUGUUGUUGAGUUGCCUAUUGCUGGGGUGUUGCUGUUUUUCUUUUGGUGUAGCUGCUGCUGGUGCGUAAUGUUUUCUGCAGGUUGGGCUGUUGCCACCUGUUGGCCUAUUUUGUUGGGGGCUGCUGCCACCUGCUGCAAUGCUGCUGUGUUGCUGAGUUGCCGUAUGUGUUUAGGAAGCUAUAACCUUGUAUUUUCUUUUGAUUUAUAUUUUAUUUUUUUGGACGAAAAUUGUAAUAUUACAGCCUAUUUUAAUGAAAAU